CUGCGCGCAUGCGUGGGGCGGUCGGAGGAGCAGCAGCAGCAGCAGCCGGAGGAAGAGGAGGUGUAGGAGGAAGAUGGCGAUGGCGAGCGUCGCGGCCGGCGAGGGAGACGAUUCUCUUUACCCCAUCGCCCUUCUCAUCGACGAGCUCCGCACCGAGGACGUGCAGCUGCGUCUCAACAGCAUUAAGAAGUUGUCCACCAUUGCGUUAGCCCUCGGAGCGGAACGGACUCGAACCGAACUGCUCCCAUUCCUCACUGAUACGAUAUAUGAUGAAGACGAGGUGCUCUUGGCCCUUGCUGAGCAGCUGGGAAACUUCACCUUGCUGGUGGGAGGCCCCGACUACGCCCACUGCCUUCUGCCUCCCCUGGAAAGCCUGGCGACGGUGGAGGAGACGGUGGUCCGCGACAAGGCGGUAGAGUCGCUGAGGCAGAUCUCGGAGGAGCACACGCCGGGGGCCCUGGAGGCCCACUUCGUGCCGCUGCUGAAGCGUCUGGCCGGCGGCGACUGGUUCACUUCACGCGCCUCGGCCUGCGGCCUGUUCGGCGCCUGCUACCCUAGGGCCUCGAGCCCCGUCAGGGCCGAGAUCCGGCAGCACUUCCGUUCCCUGUGCGCCGACGACACGCCCAUGGUCCGGCGCGCUGCCGCUUCCAAACUCGGAGAAUUCGCCAAAGUCCUGGAGAGCGAAAACAUCAAAAGCGAAAUUGUCCCCCUGUUCACCAGUCUGGCUUCAGACGAGCAGGAUUCGGUGCGCCUCCUGGCAGUGGAAGCCGGCGUGAACAUCGCCCGGCUGCUGGGCCGGGAGGACUUGGAGGCGCUGGUGAUGCCCACGCUGCGGCAGGCCGCGGAGGACAAGUCCUGGCGGGUGCGCUACAUGGUGGCCGACAAGUUUUCGGAGCUCCAGAAAGCGGUAGGUCCAGAGAUCACCCAGAGCGACCUGAUCCCGGCUUUCCAGAAUCUCCUGAAGGACUGCGAGGCCGAGGUCCGUGCCGUCGCCGCCCACAAGGUCAAAGAGCUCUGUGAGAACCUGCCGCCUGACGGUAGAGAGACCAUCGUGAUGAAUCACAUUCUGCCCUAUGUCAAGGAAUUGGUAUCCGACACCAAUGAGCACGUCAAAUCUGCCCUGGCCUCAGUUAUCAUGGGCCUGUCGACCAUCAUAGGCAAAGAGAACACCAUCGAGCAUCUCCUCCCCCUCUUCUUAGCGCAGCUGAAGGACGAGUGCCCCGAGGUGCGGCUGAACAUCAUCUCGAACCUGGACUGCGUGAACGAGGUGAUUGGCAUCGGCCAGCUGUCGCAGUCGCUGCUCCCUGCCAUCGUGGAGCUGGCCGAGGACGCCAAGUGGCGCGUGCGCCUGGCCAUCAUCGAGUACAUGCCCCUGCUGGCCGGUCAGCUGGGGGUGGAGUUGUUUGAGGAGAAGCUGAACGCGCUGUGCAUGGCCUGGCUGGUGGACCACGUGUUCGCCAUUCGAGAAGCGGCCACGAGCAACCUGAUGCGGCUGGUGGAGAAGUUCGGGGCCGACUGGGCCCAGAGGGUCAUCGUGCCCAAGGUGCUGGUGAUGGCCGACGACACCAACUACCUGCACAGGAUGACCACGCUCUUCUGCGUCAACGCUCUCUCUGAAGCCUGUGGUCGGGAAAUAACCACCAAGCAGAUGCUGCCCAUUGUAUUAAAGAUGGCAGGGGACCAAGUAGCGAACGUUCGCUUCAACGUGGCCAAAUCUCUCCAGAAAAUCGGACCGAUCCUGGACAGCGGAGCGCUGCAGGGGGAGGUGAAGCCGGUGCUGCACAAGUUGGGGCAGGAUGAGGACAUGGACGUCAAGUAUUUUGCUCAGGAAGCCAUAAGUGUUCUCGCCUUGGCAUGAGCCGGACCAGAGGCACAGACCCGGACCGAGUCCUCAGACGGGGCCGGGGGCCGCGGCCUCGGGAAGCCCGGUCGGGACGCCGCCCUCUUCCCCGGGACCCGUUUUGCCACAUCGGGGACUCUGAGCCCGCCGACCCCACACCCCUUCCACGCCGGACCGCGCUCGUUCCCAUCAGGGGCUCUGGGGUUCGGGCCUUCGGCGCUUUGGUUUUUCCGUUGCUCCAUCUGGGUGAUGACUGUGUCCCUCAGUCCACGGUCGCCCUCGGCUGGGUGUGAGGCCUCUGCCCAAGAGGGCCACAGCCUCCAGACUCCCGAGUGUGAGCUGGUCUGUUUGAGGUCAGGGGCCCGGAGCUCUGUAGGGUCAGAGACUUUGGUUUAUCUUGCGGUGGAGCUGGCUAGGGUUGGUUUGUUCUGGACGGCGGCUUAUUGAAUGUAGGAGUUUGGGGCCCAAUAGAUCCUGUCUUUGUCUUUGAAGGAACUGAAAAAUGACUUUAUGCAUUAAAGAAAGAGAAAAAGCUGGA